AUGCCUCAGUCGUCUGUGAGUCCGGAUCGCAUCAGAGUACUCAAUCAACCCGCAACAGGUCUCACAUCUCCUGGACCAGUUAUCUAUUGGAUGAGUCGAGAGAUCCGUUCUCGUGACAAUUGGGCGCUAAUCCAUGCACAGAAUGUGGCCCUUCGGAGUAAACGGCCUCUCUUAGUUGUUUACAACCUGGCAGUUGGUUAUCUUGGCGGAGGCUUGCGACAGCACGCCUUCAAAGUCGGUGGUUUGAAGGUCGUAGCUGCAAAUUUGAGUCAACUCAACAUCCCUUUUGCGAUCGAAACUUCUCCCAAGUUCCCGGCCCUCCUCGCUGACAUCACUGAAAGAGUCGGUUGCAAAUACGUUGUUACUGACUUCACUCCUCUCCGUUUGAACAAGGAGUGGGUUGCCGCCUUCACGAAGCAUGCCAAGCGCCUUGACAUUCGUUUCGAGCUAGUUGAUGCUCACAAUGUUGUUCCCUGUUGGGUCACUUCGGAUAAGAUGGAACGUGCUGCUGUGACAAUAAGGCCGAAAUUAUGGCAUCAUUUUGAUGAGUUCUGCACGAAGUAUCCGAGGCUGAAGAGACAUGCUUAUACUAUUAGUGAUGAUGUUCACUUCCACACAGUUACGACAUCAGAGAUUGAGGCAUUGUUGACGAAUGACGAGAUUGUCGGGAAGCUCGACAAAGCAGUGGAGCCCAUCGACUGGCUAACACCUGGGGAGGAUGCUGGUCUUCAACUCGCGCUGGGGUAUGUUAAAAACCUGCCCAAUUACUCUACCCAGCGGAACAAUCCGACUAAUCCUAUCCAGUCUGAUUUAAGUCCAUACUUCCACUACGGCUUUGUGAGUCCGCAGAGGGUCAUCUAUGAUGCUUACAACAGUACGGACAUCAACGAGGAGGAUCGCGACGAGUUUAUUGAGCAGUGUAUGAUCCGGAGAGAGCUCGCCGACAACUUCUGCUACUACAACGACAACUACGAUAAGUUUGAAGGAUUCCCAGAUUGGGGACAGCACACUCUUCGUGAGCAUGCUAAGGAUGACAGGGAGUAUCUUUACUCACUGGAACAAUUGGAGAACGCCGACACACAUGACAGACUGUGGAAUGCUACUCAACGCCAAAUGGUUGAGACGGGUAAGAUACAUGGUUAUAUGCGUAUGUAUUGGUGUAAGAAGAUUCUCGAGUGGACGAAAAGCCCAGAGGAAGCUCUCGAAUUCUCAAUAUACCUCAAUGACAAAUACGAGUUGGAUGGUCGAGACCCCAAUGGAUAUGUGGGUAUCGCUUGGUGCAUUGGUGGCCGUCAUGAUCGCCCAUUCGGCGAACGGAAUGUAUAUGGGGUUAUUCGAUAUAUGAGCUAUAAUGGUUGUCGAGGGAAGUUUGAUAUCAACAAAUAUAUGAAAAUGGCAGGCUCCGUUGAAGGUCACAGAGCCGGCAAAAUGUGGGCAGCGGCCAUUCAGCAGUCUGUCGGGGAACAGGAAGGAUUCUGGGAGAGCCUGAGUGAAGAGGAAAGACGGCUGAAAGGCCGCUGA